UAUGUUGUGUGUGAGGAGAAGGCGCGUGCAGUAGUGAGCUCCCCGCAGUGUUCACUGUUCAGCGAGAGAGAAGUGGCAUCAGGUAUGGACGUGUGUGAGAAAAAGCGGUCACAGCAGGAAUGAUGUGUGACAGGGGACGUCAGGGCUCAGCAUUCUCAAAAUGAUUAUCCCAGUAAGGUGCUUCACAUGCGGGAAGAUUGUUGGAAAUAAGUGGGAGGCAUAUCUUGGGUUGUUGCAAGCAGAGUAUACAGAAGGGGACGCUCUGGAUGCCUUAGGCCUAAAGAGAUACUGUUGCCGCAGAAUGCUACUGGCUCACGUGGACUUAAUUGAGAAACUUUUGAACUACGCACCCCUGGAAAAAUAAUUUUUACAUGAUAUGGUAAACUUAUUGCAGACUGUGACCAACCCAUUAUAUGAAGCUUCAUUUGAGUGGAGGAAGAAAACACCACAACCUCAGUCCAUUUUAAUGUUCAAAGAUGCACAACUUUUGUUCUCACUGGCAUCAAGAACUCCUAGUGAUAACAAGAAUUUUUGUUUGAAUUGGCCAAAAAAAUAAUUCUGUGUUUUUAUAAGUCGUGCACUGUAAAGUUAACAACUCGUAAAGAUUUAGCAUGGCCGUAGUUCAUUGUUAGAACAUUUCUGUAACAACUUGCUUUUUACCCACUUUUUUACUAUGUGACAUUAUACAGUGUUUAUCACAAGGGUAUUGUGUAAUUUAAUAAAAUGUUUUUGCUACAAUUAAUAA